CAGUAAUUAUUUGAGCCACACACAAUCAUCAGUUCUUGCAAUUGAAAAAUUAAUUCUUAAUUAAUUGUCUUCAAUUCUCGUUAACAUGGACGCUCCUUUGAUUGAAUGCGUUCCAAAUUUUUCGGAGGGACAGGACGCGAAGGUACUGGAUACGAUAUCAGAUGCAAUUAAAGCCACGGCUGGAGUUACUUUGCUUGGAGUUGACCCUGGAAAGUCUACGAAUCGAUCUGUGUAUACUUUCGUGGGUUGUCCAGACUCGGUUGUUGAAGCUGCGUUAAAUGCUGCCAAAGCUGCCUAUGGAAUAAUUAAUAUGAAGAAUCAUAAGGGUGAACAUCCUCGGCUUGGGGCAAUGGACGUUUGUCCCUUUGUCCCCGUGCGUAACGCAACGAUGGAGGAUUGCGUGAAGUGUGCAAAACGGUUGGGCUCCCGUCUUGCAGAAGAACUUGCAAUUCCGAUUUACUUGUAUGGAUUUGCGGCUGGGGCUGAGUAUCGAAGAGCAGUCCCUCAAAUCAGGGCAGGAGAAUAUGAAGGAAUUGAGAAAAAGAUCACUAAAGAGGAAUGGAAACCAGAUUUUGGCCCCGCAUCAUUUGUACCAUCAUGGGGAGCGAGUAUGGUAGGAGCAAGAAAGUUUUUGCUGGCUUAUAACGUCAAUAUUCUGUCCACUAAAGAGCAAGCUCACAGAAUUGCUCUUGAUCUGCGGGAAAAUGGCCGUGGUCCUGGAAAAGAGGGGAAACUUAAAGCCGUUCAGGGUAUUGGAUGGUGGUUAGACGAAGCCAAUUUGGCCCAAAUUUCUUAUAACAUUACUGACAGCGAGAUCACCUCCUUGCAUACCGUUUUCGAAGAGUCCAAAGCAAUUGCAGAGUCUUUGAAUUUGUCCGUUGUGGGGUCUGAACUUGUGGGUCUGGUGCCACUCUCCGCAUUACUUGACGCAGCAAACUUUUACAUUCAACGCGAAAAUCUAAUGAUUCUUGAUGAUGAUCAAAAAGUAAAAUUGGCUAUAGAUCGACUUGGAUUGAAUUCACUGUACUCAUUCGAUCCAAAAGAACGAAUUAUCGAAUGGAAGGUUGAAUCAUCCGAUCCUCCGAAACCACUGUUGGAUUUAAGACUGACACAAUUUAUUAAAGAAGUGAGAGCUAGAACUGCUGCUCCAGGGGGAGGAUCCGUUGCUGCCGUUGUAGGAGCAUUGGGUGCUGCACUGGGAAGCAUGGUUGGGCUGUUGACCUAUGGCAAAAAGCAGUGGGAAGAAUUUGAUUCCACGAUGCGAGAUAUAAUUCCACCACUUUAUGGAGGAGUGGACCACCUUCUGCGCUUCGUUGAGGCAGACACGAAUGCGUUCAACAAAUAUGUCGAGGCAAUCAGACAAACUAAGAAUGCAGAAUCUGAUGUUGCCCAAACUGCGUUGCUGAACGCGAUUAACGUUCCGAUGGAACUGGAAAGAAAGCUGGCUUCCUUGUGGAGUGUUUUGGAAACAAUAAGCAAAAUUGGGAAUCCUAACUGCAUUUCAGAUGUUCAGGUUGCUGUGAAAUGUGUGGAAACUGGAAUAUACGGGGCGCGAUGCAACGUUAUAAUAAAUUGCAAAUCUUUGACGGAUGCCAACCUUCGCAAAAGUUUGAUUCAAGAGGCCAAUUCACUAUACAAAGAGGCACAACAGAAAUGCCAACAGAUUUUAGACGACAUUGAAACACGAAGCGAGGCAUAAGUUUCUACAUGUAUGCUUGAUUUUAAGAUUUUGAAUUUCUCUAAAUGUAUAUCAGUAGUGGUGACUGUUGCAUAUGAACAUGCAUAAUAUGUGUGUUUAUUUAGAUAGACUCCGUGUUUAAAGCUAUGUAAUUACGGACAAAAAGAUAAAGUGCAGAAAAAUAAAUUGUUUACUCAGCAGCUUUAAAA